CCAACUAACUACUAGAUUUAAAUGAUCCCCUGCCUGAGCCUUGGAGUAGCUGAGCCUGUAGGCAAGUAGUUCUGGAUGGAGCUGCCGAUUCCUAUGGAGUAAUCUUACUGACAGCCCUUCAUUUUACAUUCUCAAGAUGUUGAUGUGGACAAAAGCAGAAAUAGGAGUGGUACACUAUGAGGGGAUCAUGUCUGAAUUGGUGAUAAAAUAAUGCACAGCUACCGCGUAUCCCAACAUGACCCAGCUGAGGCAAGAGGAUUCCAACUUCCAGCUUAGUCUGUGCAAAUGACCACUUAGCAACGUGUUUUUAAGAAAAGUAUGGCACUGCCUCAGUGCAAGGCCUUAGGGCUCUAGCCAUAGCCAGUGUGCAGGACUAAAAUAAGCAACUAGUUGCCUAUGCUAAGUAAGACAGUACACAUGCAGCCCAACCCCUGGACACAAAAUCCUCGGCUCGCGUCUGGGAAUCUUCCCGCUCAGCGGCAGGAGGCGCUGUGGCAAGGUGCCCUGCUGGCUCCUGGCUCCGGCGUGGCACCGCUCUAGCAGCCGCUUCUCAGUAGCCCGCUAGUCCUCAGUUCCCUGGCCCUCCAGCUGGCCAGAAAGCCCCAACUUGCUCCCCUGGAGAUGUGAUGGUGAGACUCCCAAAGCUCCCAGUCUUUGACUUGGAUUACACGCUCUGGCCUUUCUGGGUCGACACGCACAUAGAUCCGGCGGUCCAUCGGAGCAAUGAUGGAUCAAUAUGAGAUAGGCGGGAUCAGAGUGUGGCUCUGUACCCGGAGGUGCCUGCCGUUCUGGACCGAUUGCAGGACCGGGGGUGCCCCCUGGCCCUUCUCUCUUCUUACUCCAUCAUUAUACCCUUUUGCAGGACAGGUGAGGUAGAAGGGGCCAACCAGCUACUGGAGCUCUUUGGCCUUGUCAGAUACUUUGUUCAUUGGGAAAUCUAUCCAGGCAGCAAGGUUACACACUUUGAGAGGUUGCAUCAGAAGACUGGAGUUGCUUUCUCACAGAUGAUCUUCUUUGAUGAUGAUAAGCAGAAUAUUGUAGAUGUCACCACCCUGGGUAUUACCUGCAUUCAUGUCCAGAAUGGGAUGAGUCUUCACACCUUAACUCAAGGAUUAGAGACAUUUGCAAAGGCUCAAGCUGGCCCGUGAGGUCCAGCCUUGUGGAUGAGCCUCACUAGACACCUAAAACUGAAAGGAGAUCAAAAAGG